UAUAUAUCAUGCCCUCACAGACCGUCUUAUCAACACAAACCAAAGCUGUUCACCACCCUCCCACUCCCUCCUCACUCUCUAUUUCUAUUUUGAAUCUCAAAAAGUAUCCGUUUCUUUCUACCUGAAGAUGGCUUCCUCUCAAUCUAUCAAAACAGCCCUACUUCUUGUUGUUCUUGUUCAUCUAAGCUUUGCCAAUCUGUGCUAUGGAGCCAGAAGGCUAACAGCGCUUUACCAACCACCACCCAUGGUUUUAGCGUACCACAUGGGAGCUUUACUUGAAGGAGAGCUCCCCGUCUCUAUUCUCUGGUACGGUAAGUUCACCCCAGCUCAGAAAUCCAUUGUUGCAGACUUUCUGGUCUCUCUCACCCCACAACAACAGAAGCUUUCCUCGUCAACGUUGACAGCACCAUCGGUUUCCCAGUGGUGGAAACCCAUUGAAACCUACAUGAAAGAUGCCGGGAAGAAGGGGACUCGGAUCGUCUUAUCUGACCAAAUUACCGACGAGAGCUACUCCAUGGGCAAAACCUUAAAGAGAUCCCAGAUAUCCCAGUUAGCCCAGAAAGCCUCUUCAAAACAACCGGGUCGUCUCGUACUUGUCCUGACGGCGAAGGACGUUGCGUUAGAGGGCUUCUGUAUGAGCAGCUGCGGGUUCCACGGCUCAGACUCGAAGAAGAAGUCGGCGUUCAUCUGGGUAGGCAACUCGGAGACACAAUGCCCGGGUCAAUGCGCGUGGCCGUUCCACCAGCCAAUCUACGGUCCUCAAACGCCACCCCUGGGCGCUCCCAAUGGGGACGUCGGCUUGGAUGGCAUGGUUAUAAACAUUGCCACACUUCUGGCCGGAACAGUAACCAACCCAUUCGGGAACGGUUACUUCCAGGGCUCCGCCGAUGCACCUGUGGAAGCGGCCUCGGCUUGUCCGGGUGUAUAUGGUAAGGGGGCUUAUCAGGGUUACGCUGGGGACUUGUUGCUGGAUCCGAGCACGGGUGCAAGUUACAAUGCGCAGGGUGCCAACGGGAGGAAAUAUCUGUUACCGGCCAUGUUUGACCCUUGUACCUCUUCUUGUUCCACCAUCGUGUGAUUUGUUGACUAAUGACCCAUAGAGUGGCACACUUGUGUCCAGGUGCAGCCUUGUUGUACAUAUAUAAAGCCAAAUCGUGUAUAUUAAUGUAUCAUUUGUUUUCCGAA